UCCAGAGGGGGCGGUGAUUCGCUCCGGGAUCCGCGAUCGCCUCCACCGAGAUGAGCCUCUCGGGCUCACAGCUGCGGCCGCUGCUGCUAUUGCUGCUGCCGCCCUUCGCCCUCGCGUGGCCGGGCCCGGGGUCGCCCGUGGGACCCGCCAAGACCCUCCUGCUCAUCCAGCCCGAGUCGACGGAGCCGCUGCCUUCCAAAGGAGCGCAAGGAUGUUAUUUCGGUGGCCGGUUCUACACCUUGGAGGAUACCUGGCAUCCUGAUUUAGGGGAACCCUUUGGCAUUAUGCACUGUGUAGUGUGCACCUGCGAACCACAGAGGAAUCGGAGAGGGAAACCGGCAGGCAAAGUCAGCUGUAAGAACAUUAAGCAUAGCUGCCCCAAACUUCCUUGUGCUGAUGCUAUUGUGCUUCCAGGACAAUGUUGCAAAUCCUGCCCCAAAGCCCCCGCCUACAUCGCGGAGAAGAGAUCUGAGCAGCUGUUGGACAAGAUGGAAUACUCCCAGGAGAAAGAAGACGGCUUACACAGGAACUACAACGAUCGGGCCUACUUCAGUUCUCAGGACUUGAUCCGAGAUGACAGCCAGAUAGAUUUUGUGGCAUUGCUGAUCGGGGGCUCAGAUCCGAGGGCGGCUGCCACCAGUGCGGUGGCGAAAGCCAGAUUCACUCUCACUCACUUGCAUCUGAUCUUCUCCAUCAACUAUGAAAGGCUGAGCCAACCAAUCCGUGUCCGUUUCUUGGAGCCAGAUGGGACGGUCCUUUUUGAACAUCCUAUACAACAGGACACCAUCUUCCAAGAUGGUAUGAUCUGUGGCAUGUGGCGGAAUUUGCAGAAGGCUUCCAUCCGGCUCUUGAAAAUGGAUCAGAUGCGCAUAACCCUAAUCACCCAGACUCAUCCUGCAGGGGAGGUUCAAGGCCAGAUUGUCAAGCAUCGGGUCUUAUUCUCUUCUGUUGUUCCAGAGACUUUCAGCGCCAUCUUGACGUCCAUGGACCCGACUCCCCUUAACAUGGGCGGCAUCGCUAUGCUGACCCUGAGUGACACAGAGAACAAUCUGCAUUUUGUCCUUGUUACUAAGGGGUUUCUGGAGCCAGCAGACAAAAAAUCUGAUCGGAUCCCUCUAAGGGUGCAAAUCCUACAUCAGGACAAUGUCCUCAGGCAGGUUCUGGCUAAUGUCACCUUACAGGACUCCGAUUUUGCAGAGGUGCUGAUGGAAUUGGGGGCUCAGGAGAUGGACUGGCUGGCACAAGGACAGCUGAGGAUGACCGCAGAGGUGGACGGUGGAGCCCGUCAGAAGUUAGCUGGGUUUAUCACAGUCCGGAGAAGCUGUGACACCAUACAGAGUGUGCUUUGUGGAGCCAACGCCUUGAUACCCACUCACACAGGGGCAGUGGGCUCUGCCAAGAUUGUGCUACAUGAAAAUGGGACGUGGGAAUACCAGAUCCAGGUAGCCGGAACAGGAAGCGAGGUGAUUGGCGUCACCUUGGAGACCAAACCCCGCCGAAGAAAUAAACGUAGCAUUUUGUACGACAUGACCCACAGCUACAGGGAUGGCACGGCCAGUGGCUCCUGGACACAAGCCAGCGGGCGCGAUGCCCACAUGCUGCUGCAGAACGAGCUCUUCUUAAAUGUCGCCACCAAGGACUUUGAAGACGGAGAAUUGCGCGGACAGAUAAACUCCAUGCUCUACAACGGACUCUUGGCCCGUUAUCAAGAACUUCCUAUCCCUCUGGCCGGCCAGUUUGUAUCCCCUGCGGUGCACACGGGCUCUGCUGGCCACUCCUGGGUGUCUUUGGACGGUCACUGCCAUCUGCACUAUGAAAUUGUGGUGGCUGGCCUGGGCAGGGCAGACGAUGGCACCGUCAGCGCUCACUUGCACGGUUUUGCCGAACUGGGAGAGAUUCACGAGACCAGCCUCCCCGAGCACAGGAGGCUGCUGAGAAGUUUCUAUGGCACAGAGGCCCAAGGAGUGGUGAAGGACUUGGACGCAGAGCUGCUUCGGCACCUAGCUCAAGGCACAGCUUUCCUGCAAGUCAGCACCAAAGCGAACCCACAAGGAGAGAUCCGGGGGAAGGUUCACAUUCCCAACCAAUGCAAGGCAGGGCGCCUCCGGCUGGCCUCUGACAACCUAGAGGAGAAACCUGUUGGAGAAGCAAGGCCCAGGGACCCCAAAGAGUUGAAGAAAGACCUCAACGCCUGCUUUUUUGAAGGUCAACACCGGCCCCAUGGCUCCCGCUGGGCUCCCGACUAUGACAAGAAAUGUUCUAUAUGCAUCUGUCAGAAGCGAACGGUGAUCUGUGAUCCGGUGUUGUGCCAGCCACUCAACUGCUCCCAGACAGUCCAUCACAGUAAUCAGUGCUGCCCUGUGUGUCAAGAGGGAAACGAAGAACGGAAAAGAGCAGAGAAAAUCCGAGACGGCAGCGAAGGAUGCUAUUUUGAUGGUGACAAGACGUGGAGACGCGCAGGCACCCAUUGGCAUCCUGUAGUCCCUCCCUUUGGGCUCAUCAAAUGCGCCAUUUGCACCUGCAAGGGAACCACCGGGGAAGUUCAUUGUGAGAAGGUGCAGUGUCCACAGCUGACCUGCAGUAACCCCAUCCGGCUCAACCCAUCCGACUGCUGUAAGCAAUGCCCAGCCUCGGAGAAGAGCUCUUCCCUGCUUUCCGACAUGAUGCAAGCGGACGGCCCCCGAGCUUGCAAGUUUGGGCGUCAGUGGUUCAUGCACAAUGAGAGGUGGCACCCUACAGUGCCCCCUUUCGGGGAGAUGAAAUGCAUCACCUGCUGGUGCCUGUCUGGGGAAACACAUUGUGAGCGUCAAGAAUGUUCCCCAACCUCUUGCUCCAAGGAAGGGAAAAAGGGGGACUCGUGUUGCACCCAGUGCCAAGCAUCGGAGAUCCUUCAAGAAGAAGCUCAAGGGACCUUUGAAGGAGUGACCAAGCGCUCCUGGAGACAUUAAACCAGCCAAACCCAAGAAGCAUGGAUGCCCCCCCCCAAAAGAUAUUUUAGAGUUGCUAAGGCAGGCAAGUGGGUCUGGAGUGAGAUCUUUCUGGGACCUCCUUAAAGCCAGCCAAGUUUUGACGGUGGUUCUCCAAGCCACAGGAAGACCUUCAGAUCUUCUCGCAGAAGAAGCAACCAUCCAUUCUCCUGAGCAGGUCUCCUUUCUCCUCUACCUGUGGGGCAGCCACACCUCUUUUUUUUGCACCUGCUUCUCUGAGAAGGAAAGGCAUUUUAUGGGUUCCUCGAGGAACUGGGAAUUGAUAUUACGUGCCUGGGAUGCGCAGUAAAACUCUAAGAUGGAACCGUGAUUCUGCCCAACUCAUGGGAGGCCCCUUCCGUUAUCCUUCCAUGAACUCAACACGUUGACGCCUUCAUCUUAAUUUCACACAUUUUGGAUAUGCGACCUCUUCAAAAGGAACCAGAUCGCUUAAGUUGUACCGAACACUAUCCGAAGGAGGGGAAAGCAACUCUUCCCCAAAGUAAUAUAUAUGUAUGUAUAUAUAAAAUGUAAAAUUGUCCUCCUUUGCUGCAUUUUGAGGCCAGGAAUUGGGGGGGGAGUAUUGGGGAAGGAGAGGGGGGGCUUUCUCUUAGUUUCAUUUUGUUGUAUAAUUUAUGUUGUCCAUCGGCGGCUGAGGUUCUCCUUCCCUGCUCAAUUCAAAACCGAAGGGUCGAUGUUUGAAGAUGAAAUAUUUAUUUUUUAAAAACGAAGGUCAACCGAGUAAAAUACACCAUGAGGUUGAACCAAA